AUGAAGAACCAGCACUUUCUGAUCAUUUCAUGUGCCGGGCAGGGCCACAUAAACCCGAGCCUCCAGCUCGCCAAGCACCUCAUCCACAGCGGCGCUCGAGUCACCUUCAUCACCACUGCCCGGGGCCUCGACGCCAUGAAAUCCCGGAUCUCACUCGACGGCUUAUCAUAUGCAUCUUUCUCUGACAGGUUCGACGACGGCGACAGACCUGCCGAGGGAAAAGCUGGGGACAGCCCAAUGCUGGAGAUGAGGUUGGCGGGGUCGAGAUCGCUUGGGGAUCUGAUCACGAGCUUGCUCUCGGACGGUCCGAUCACAUGCCUAAUCUACACUGUCCUCCUUCCCUGGGCGGCGGAGGUGGCCCGUCGGUUUCAUAUCCCGUCGGUUUUUCUCUCCAUCCAGUCUGCUACAACAUUCGCCAUAUAUCGACGCUUCUUUGACAGUCGAAACGGUUUGUGCAGCAAUGGUGACUAUAGUCAAUCUAUAGAGUCGAUUAUGUUGCAUGAUCAGUUGCCUCCUUUUGAGAGCCAUGACUUGCCAUCAUUUCUGUUACCUGACAAUCCACACUCCGCCGUGAUACCUACCUUUCACGAGCACAUCCAGAUCUUAGAAGACGAUCCUAAUGCAUGUGUUCUAUUGAACUCAUUCCAUGCCCUGGAGGAGCACACGAUUGAUGCUGCUGAUGACAUAAGUUUGAUCCCAAUAGGUCCCCUGCUUCCGUCUGCUUAUAUAGAGGGUACGAAGUCAUGCACAGAUGUGGAUUUCGGCUGCGACUUGUUCAACUGCUCUAGACGGGAUUAUAUCCAAUGGCUGGACGCUAAGUCAAAUUCCUCCGUGGUCUAUGCAUCCUUCGGAAGCAUGGUCGUUUUAAAUGAAGAUCAGAUAGGAGAGAUCUUCCAAGGUUUACUCGAGACGAAUCGACCAUUCUUGUUAGUGAUUCGGCCAAAUGAUAAUGCCGAAGGAACCAUUGCUAAUAAGAUGAAGGGUUAUCUUGACGGUCAAGAGCAAGGACUGAUAGUGCCUUGGUGUUCACAAGUGGAGGUUCUCAACCACCCCGCAGUCGGGUGCUUCGUGACUCACUGCGGAUGGAACUCGACCCUCGAGAGCCUGGCGAUGUGCGUGCCUAUCGUGGCAUGCCCGCACUUCUCGGAUCAGCUAACGAACGCGAAGAUGGUGGAUGAGGUGUGGAAGAAUGGGAUUAGGGUCAGGGCAAGAGAUGGAGGAGGGCUGGUGGAGAGGGAAGAGAUAAGGAGGUGUGUGGAAGUAGUAAUGGGAGAUGGAGAGAGAGGAGAAGAGAUCCGAAGAAAUGCUUUGAAGUGGAAAGGUUUGGCCAUGGAAGCUGUGAAGGAGGAAGGAGGACCUUCACAUCAUAAUUUAAGAGUUUUCAUGGAUAGAUUUAAAUAA